CGCAGGCCCAGGCAGCAGCGAGGUGAGGUCGACUGGAUCCCGGCCGCAUAACGCUCACUCUCUCCUUCCCCUCCCAUGGCGCCUUCCCUUCCCAUCCCCACCCCACCCCUCAAACCCUAACUCCAAGCCGCAUCAAAUCGAACGGAACUUAAAUCAAAUCGACGAGAAAAAACGAACGAAAACCAAUGGAUCGCUCCCGCUCGAAGCGCGGGUAUCACUACGACGAGGACUCGCCUCCGCCUCGCUCCAAGCCCCGUUUCGACCGCCGUGGCGGUGGAGGAGGCCCGAACCCUAAUUCCAACUACCACCGCCGUGGACCCACUGGAGGCGGCGGCGGUUCUGACCGCCGUGGUGGCUUUAUUCCGUCAGACGGCGCGCCGCCCCCGCUCCCGCCCCCAGCACUUCCCCCUUCUUCCUCUGCGACGAUUGGGGGCGGUGGCCCUGGCGGCCCCGGCCAGGCCACAUCCUUCCGCAUCCUGUGCCCGGAAUCCAAGACCUACGGGUUCCCCGCCAGCUUCAUCAUCAAGGCGCAGGAUGACAGUGGCGCGAUCAUCACUAUACACGCGCCCUUCGCGGGGGACCCGGUCCGCGUCAUCGAGAUGGCUGACGGCGUGCCGCGCGACGUGGAUGGCCGCCCGCCCAUGUUCUCGCCGGCACAAGAGGCGCUCAUCAUGGUGCACCGGAGGAUCCUGGAAACGGAGCCUGACGACGGGGAUGAGGACGGCGAGUAUGGGCCCAGGGGCAAGGACGCCCGUGACCGUGGAAAGGUGACCACACGGCUUGUCGUCCCACGGCUGCAUGUAGGAUGCCUGCUUGGCAAGGGUGGCAAGAUCAUCGAGCAGAUGAGGUCCGAGACCAAGACGCACAUCAGGAUCCUGCCACGCGAUCAGAACACUCCGCGCUGUGUAUCAUUGUCGGAGGAGGUUGUACAGAUUGUUGGAGAAGGGAAUUGUGUUAAAAAGGCUGUAGCAAUCAUCUCUGACCGUCUAAAGGAAAGCUUACACCGUGAUCGUGGUCCCUUCCGUGGUCGCAAUUCACCGGAGCAUCGGAUUUCCCAGGCUGACGAAUAUCAGCAGAUGCCUGCAUAUGAAGAACCUUUUGCCCGAUUUGAUCAAAUUAGAAAUAACGGUAGUAUGGAGCCACCAGGAUACGAGUUUGAUUCAAAUGGUAGCAAGUUCAAUGAACAUCCAGAGUUUCCAUAUGAUGAAAUCAUAUUUCGAAUUCUUUGCCCAAAUGACAAGGCUAACAAUUUAGUUGGAUCACGUGAUGGAAUACUAGAGAUGUUACAGGUUGAAGUUGGUGUUGAUGUUAGGCUUACUGAUCUUGUUGUUGGAUCUGAUGAAAGGACCGUAAUCAUCACGUCGAGAGAGGGCCCAGACCAUGAGCUUUUCCCAGCUCAGGAAGCAUUGCUGCACAUCCAAACCCAUAUAGUAGAUCUGGGCCCUGACAAUGAUAACAUUAUCACAACAAGGUUACUUGUCCCUUCAAGUGAAGUUGCUUGCUUUGAGGGAAGGGAUGGAUCAUUAUCUGAUAUACAGAGACAAACUAGUGCGAAUGUACAGAUAUUACCAAGGGAGGAACUUCCAUCUUGCGCUCUUGAAUCUGAUGAACUCAUACAGGUUGGUCUUCAAUUGCAGUACACCUUCACUUCUGCUAUACAAGAAUUUAAACAGAUUGUUGGAGGGAUUAGAGCUGCUCGAAGUGCUCUCAUGCAAGUCACUACGAAAAUACGGAGUUACAUAUACCGUGAGAUGUCUGUUCCUAACCAAAUUGCCAGCAUUAAUGUACAUGGAUCCAUUCCUCCAGCAAAUGGCUCACCUCGAGGAAUAUACCCUGGAAAUGACCUUCCAAUGGCUAUCUACCAGCAAUCACAACAAAUGACAACUUCAUGGCACUCAAAGGAUAGUGGAGGUAGUGCAAGUGGAUCAUUUGAGCAAGGGAGCAACAUUAAUGAUGAUAUAAGGAGUACUAUAAAACGAUUUGCUGUUCCCUUAGUGACUAGAAGCACAUUAGAAGUUGUCAUACCAAAGAGUGCUGUUGCAAGUCUCAGUAUGAGGGCUGGAAGCAAGCUUGCCCAAAUAAGUGAGAUGUCUGGUGCCUCUGUCACACUUGGUGAAGACAGACCUGGAGUCAUGGAAAAAGUUGUUCGAAUAUCUGGUACCCCUGAGCAAGCCGACAAAGCUCAGAGCCUGCUUCAGGGGUUUAUACUUAGCAUCCAAGAUGAUAUUCCUUCAGGGUAACGGAGUUAUUGCUGCGGCUUACACACCACCUGUUCAGAAAAUUACAUGAUACCUUCCAAUAUAACCCAAGAUGGCACCUGAUCUCAUUCCGACUUUUCCUUUUGAAGGGAGAACCCUCUAGGUGCACAUCCGUACCUGCUUGUGUGCUUUUAUCUCGUGCUGAUGAUAUGCUAAAUACAUUUGGAAUUUAUCCAAAUAUAUUAUUUGGAACUGCUGGUUGUUUAAAGGCAUGCUAUUUGCUAGUGAAACAAAUCAUGUUAAAGCCUGAAGAAACUAGGCAGGCUCUCAGAUCUUGAUUAUAUGUAUAUAUGAAUUAGUCAUAUGUCCAGUUUACCUGCUAAGAACUGGUUCGGUUUUCCCCCCUAAUCUAGUAGAAAUGUCGUCAAACAUAA